UUAAAAAUAAAAUAAAAAUUUCUCUCUCCCUCUCUCCAAGCAAGUGUUCCUGAAUCUAGACUUCACUUCCAUGGCAGAAUCGCAGAUAGCCUUCUCUUCUGCACUUUGAUCAAACCAAUUAAGCCCUAACCCUAAUUUUUCCUUACAAAUUGAUAAUCCCUAACCCUAACCCUAUCUCAAAUUCCCAAUGUUCGAUCCAUCACAAUUCACAUACACCAAUCUAUCCUCUCAUUUCCCUGACCAAUUGCACACUACAAACCCUAACAAUCCUUACUUUCCUGUUCCUCAACCAUUUCUUUCAUCUUCUCUAACCUCGGAGCCCUACAUUCACCCACCAGGGACUGACCCACUUCCCAAUUGGGGGUCCCUCCAAUUGACUAGCGGUGAAUUCCAAGCCAAACCGCCGAAUUCUGAAGACCCAAAUUCAGCUUCUCAGAAUUGGGUCGUCAAACAAUCUGCACCAAUCAGAUAUGACGCUCUUGCAAAACCUGAGAAUGAAAAUUCAUUGCUUACCACAAGCUCAAAUUCCUUUUGGACGCAUCAACCUCCUGCAACUAAUGUAACGGCGAUUGUUCCUCAGCAAACUGAGGCCAGCCAGACAAUAAGUUUUCCAAACCAAACAAGCAGCAUAGGGGGACAAGUAACAUAUGGAACGCCGACAAUGGCUACUAGUGUGGAGUUGGAGAUGAAGAAAAGAAAAAUUCUGGGCUGUGGUACAGCUCUUGAUUCUGUAAGAAUGUGCACAAUCUGCAAUGUUGCUUGCAAUAGUGAAGAAGUGUUCAAUAAACAUGUGGCCGGGCGAAAGCAUGCAGCUCAAGCUGCUUUAGCAGCUUUAGGUGACAUUGGACCGUACUUUGCUGCAGUUCGAGCUCAAUUCAACGGCACUCCAAAGAAAUUCCCAAAGAAAAUCAAGUUUGUUCAAUCUGCAUGGUGUGAAGUUUGCAAAAUCAACUGCAACAGCAACGAUGUAUAUGUCAGUCACUUAUCGGGAAAGAAGCACCAGAAGAACUUGGAGCAACUGAACAAGUUGCAGAAUAAUCCCAGUUCCACUUCUUCCUCAACAAUCUCAUCAUCUUCUUCAUCGACUCCAAUGAUUGGUCCGGCAGAAAACCCUGAGGCCAACAAGAGUAAAAAUGUUGUUGACGCGCCGAAAUCAUUGAAAAUUCCUACGGGAGAGGAUUUGGAGGCGAAGAGAAAGAAGAUUGUGAAAGCCGGAGGAGCAGCUGGUGCCAUUAGAACCUGCGCCAUAUGCAAUGUGGUGUGCAAUAGCCAAACAGUUUUCAACUUCCAUCUUGGUGGCCAAAAGCAUGCAGACAUGGUGAAGAAAUUAAAAGCAGCCGGAAAGGAAAUUGCAGGUCCUUAGAGAAGUUAGGACUCUUGGUAAAUGUUUUGCAAAUUGCGACCUUUGUGUGUAUGCUUUUUGCCUUUUGAGUGUUUGAUUUGGUGGCGAUGAGAGUUCCAAUUCAAACAGAUUCCUUGUAUUAUUAUUAUUAUUAUUAUUAUCCUUUUCCUCUCUAUUUAUUCCU